AACCCGUCGCCAACCAAAUCAAAAGAAGAAGUGUGUGCUAAAUAAUUUCAGAACGACGCCGUGAUGUUAAAAUGAUAACAUAUCAAGUGUGGAUUCACUUCGUUAAAAUUAAGUUUAUAUUUGUGUAAUAUUGAAUGGUCGUUAUCAGUUUGUUUUCAGCCAAUCAUCUUACUUUAGAAUAGCUGGUAGUUCAGAAUGAAGCCCUAUACACAGUGAUCAAACUACCAGCUGAUUGGCCAUAACAGUUCUGCCACUCUUGUACUUGCAUGCAGACAGUGGGAUAACAAAGGAGAAUGACGUCUAUCAUCAAGUUAACGGCAGUGUCAGGGGUGCAGGAGGAGUCGGCCCUUUGUUACCUUCUGCAGGUGGACGAGUUCCGCUUCCUCCUGGACUGCGGUUGGGAUGAGAGUUUCUCCAUGGACAUUAUUGAUGCGAUGAAAAGAUAUGUACACCAGGUUGAUGCUGUGCUCCUCUCCCACCCAGACCCACUGCAUCUUGGAGCCCUCCCCUAUGCGGUGGGGAAGCUGGGGCUCAACUGUACCAUAUAUGCGACUAUUCCUGUCUACAAAAUGGGUCAAAUGUUCAUGUAUGACCUCUACCAGUCUCGCAAUAACAGUGAGGAUUUCAGUCUAUUUACCCUUGAUGAUGUGGACUCUGCAUUUGACAAAAUUCAGCAGUUGAAGUACUCACAGAUUGUCAAUCUGAAAGGUAAAGGCCAUGGUCUAUCCAUCACCCCACUCCCUGCUGGUCACAUGAUUGGAGGCACCAUUUGGAAGAUUGUAAAGGAUGGGGAGGAGGAAAUUGUUUACGCUGUAGACUUCAACCACAAAAGAGAAAUCCACCUGAAUGGAUGUACAUUGGAGACUGUGAGCCGUCCUUCUUUACUCAUCACAGACUCUUUCAAUGCCACAUAUGUGCAGCCACGUCGCAAACAGAGAGACGAGCAGCUUCUCACCAAUGUGAUGGAGACCCUUCGUGGCGACGGAAAUGUCCUUAUUGCUGUGGAUACGGCAGGGCGCGUGUUGGAGCUGGCUCAACUGUUGGACCAGAUCUGGAGAACAAAGGAUGCAGGACUUGGUGUAUACUCUUUAGCCCUGCUCAAUAACGUCAGCUACAAUGUGGUGGAGUUCUCCAAGUCACAGGUAGAGUGGAUGAGUGACAAGCUCAUGAGGUGCUUUGAAGACAAAAGGAAUAACCCCUUCCAGUUCCGCCACCUGUCCCUGUGCCACAGUCUAGCAGACCUUGCUCGUGUCCCCAGCCCAAAGGUAGUGUUAUGCAGCCAGCCUGACCUGGAGUCUGGCUUCUCCCGAGAGCUCUUCAUCCAGUGGUCCCAGGAUGCCAAAAACUCUGUCAUUCUGACUUUCCGCACUACACCUGGAACUCUCGCUCGCUAUCUCAUCGACAACCCCGGGGAGAAGAUGCUGGACCUGGAGAUUAGGAAACGAGUGAAAUUGGAAGGCAAGGAGCUGGAGGAAUACUUGGAGAAGGAUAAAAUUAAGAAAGAAGCUGCCAAAAAACUGGAACAAGCUAAAGAGGUAGAUGUUGAUUCUAGUGAUGAGAGUGACAUGGAAGAUGACCUUGAACAGCCUGCCGUGUUGAAGACCAAACACCAUGACCUAAUGAUGAAGGGAGAGGGGGGGCGCAAGGGCAGCUUCUUCAAACAAGCAAAGAAGUCCUACCCUAUGUUUCCUACACACGAGGAAAGGAUCAAAUGGGACGAGUAUGGAGAAAUUAUCAGGCCAGAGGAGUUUCUGGUGCCAGAGCUACAAGCCACAGAGGAGGAGAAAACCAAGCUGGAAUCGGGGAUGGCCAAUGGGGAUGAGCCAAUGGACCAGGACCUCUCAGUCGUACCAACUAAAUGCACCUCUACCACAGAGACUAUUGAGAUCAAAGCAAGAGUGACAUACAUUGACUACGAGGGACGGUCUGAUGGAGACUCAAUCAAGAAGAUCAUCAAUCAGAUGAAGCCACGGCAGCUGGUGAUCGUCCGUGGCCCUCCUGAAGCAAGUCUGGACCUGUCUGAGUCGUGCAAGGCCUUCAGCGGCAAGGAUAUCAAGGUCUACACACCCAAACUGCAGGAGACAGUGGACGCCACCAGCGAGACACACAUCUACCAGGUGCGGUUGAAAGACUCGCUGGUGAGUUCUUUACAGUUCUGCCGGGCCAAGGAUACGGAGCUCGCGUGGAUUGAUGGCGUUCUAGACAUGCGAGUGGUCAAGGUAGACACAGGUGUGCUACCUGAGGAGGGCGCCGUGGAGGAGGCAGAGGAUGGCGAGCUGGCUAUGGAUGUGGCCCCCGAUCCUGGCAUGGCUGACCAAAGUGCUGUGGUGGCUGCCCAACAACGGGCCAUCAAGACCCUGUUCGGGGAGGACGAGAGAGAAUCUUCAGAGGAGAGUGAUGUCAUCCCCACUCUGGAGCCCUUACCCCCCCAAGAGAUUCCAGGGCAUCAGUCGGUGUUCAUCAAUGAGCCGCGCCUGUCAGACUUCAAGCAGGUCUUGCUGAGAGAAGGCAUUCAGGCUGAGUUUGUAGGUGGUGUGCUGGUGUGCAACAACAUGGUGGCCGUCCGCAGGACGGAAGCGGGACGCAUCGGCCUGGAAGGCUGCCUGUGCGAUGACUACUAUAAGAUUCGGGAGCUUCUAUAUCAGCAGUAUGCUGUGGUUUAGGGGGACAGCAGAGAGACAGAGCAGCAUCGGCUGCCGUUAUUCUACAGAGACAUUCCGUUUUUUUACCCAGUGGAUUUUACCCAGUGGACCACAGUGUACUACUCGGGCUACCUGAAGCCCCUCAGGCAUCUCCAGCUGUUUCCACAUCCAACCACACUGUGGAUCCAGCUUGUUUUUUUCAAUUUACCAUGUAUUUUUAUAGUGAGUUUACCUGCCUGAAGUGAGAGGCAGAUGCUGUCCCUGAAUCACCUCAUAGUGUUAGUAUGCCUCAAAGCCCAGCUAUGCUCCUGUUCAGGCCGGCCAAAACUGUUUAUCACUGUUCCUCUGUUCCUUUUGUCAUUAAAAUGUUUAAAAUCA